AAAAUUAUAGUUACAUUCAUAUUAAAAUCAAAAAAUAAAUAUGUCAAAUAUGAAUGUAAGUGUUAGUUCUUUGAUAAAUAGAUAAGUUUACAAGUUAUAAAUUGUAUGAAAUAGAAUGAAAAGUAAUGUUUUUAGAAGAAAGACAUUUGUGAAACAUUGAGGAAAUCAUAAAUAUUUAUCUGCUAAUCUCAACUUUAAUAAUGUUAUAAUUUCACUAUCUUAUAAAAAAUUUAUUGUGAAGAUUAUGUUGAUAAGAGUCGUUAAAAUAAUAAAUGUUUAACAAUUACAACACAUAAUGAAAUUUAUGAUUCUGUUAAUCUGACAUUUUGAAUUACUCACUUGUAAAAUUAACUGUGAUUUAAUUUUUACAAUUCUUUGUUGUAAUGCGACCCAUGGAUGAGCGAUGAGCGUAGCGACAAAAAAUAUGUCAAAGCUGAGAGGUUAAUAAAACUUUACAAUGAGCCAAGCGAUAAUUAAUUAUGAUUCAAUAAUGCACUUUGUGACAUCGACAAAGAUCUACUAAACUAAGCUUCUUUGUAGAUAUUACUAUUUAAGAAGUCAAUUCUUGAACCUAUCCAACCAUUAAACUUUUACACCUGUUCAGAAUUGCAAUUAAAAAAUAUUAGCAAGUUGAAGUAAAAUUUACAAACGUCGAAUUCAAGCGCUAAUUCUACGUAAACAAUUUCAUUGAAAUCAGUUUCUAGGUAACAGUUGAAAAACAUUUCAGAAGAAAAAUGGAAUCUAAAUGUAACUACAAUGAUUCAGGUUCAUUGAAAUCUGAUGCAGAAAAGAAAAAAGGUUAUGGGAUCAAACUACAACGAGCACAGUAGUGUUAAUAUGGGUGUGGACGAUGAUGACCACUUUGAAUGGCCCUCAUUUGAUUAUGAUUAUUUCUACGAGAAUCCUCGUCGUUUCAGUGCCAUAAGAAAAGCGACGUUAAAAAAGAUUAAAAAAUAUAAAUUAUAUGAAGAAGAUGCGAUUCUCUACAUUAAAGUUCAUGUAAAACAGGCUGCCAGGAAAUUCAACCAUUGGCUGGUUUUUCACGACAUACCCAUAAAGGAUCCAUCGUUAAUAGAAGUGGAGAGACCCGAAGAGAUAACCGCCCGUCAACGAACACGUUCACUGGACAAUAAUGGGAGAAGUGCAGAUGGAUCGUGCGGAAGACAGUUCUGCAAGAAACCUUCCUGCAUUCGAGCUAGUUGAGCUUCUUGCCGAUUGUAACCUAUUUCGCC